GAUGUCGUUUGGUAGGCGUCACCUAUUUUGAGUGGUGAUGCGCAGUGGGCGUUGUGUGUGCUGUCUUCGUGGGAGGGAAACAAUCGAUCUGCAAGCUGAAACCUUCCGUUACUAGUAGGACAGUCCUCUGUGUUUAUCCGCUGUGUUCAAAUAUUGUGUAUUUUGGAAUUACUUCUGAAGAAUUUUAAAAAAAUAUGGCUGAUCCAGGAUUUCCAAGUCAGCACGUGACAACAACAGGCACAACAACAGUUACAAAUACAACUGUUUCACCAGUUAUUCGUUUUGAUAAAACUUAUAUCAAGACAACUCCGGGCAUCUUGAAAGUGGCUCAGAUAAUUUUCAAUCUGAUUGGUUUCAUAUGCAUCUCGGUAUCUUACCAGUGGUGGCAGUCACGUGGUGGCUGGUUUAAUACAGUCUCAAUGACAGGAUUCUGGUUCACGGGGAUUAUGCUGCUGUUUUACUUGUUUCACGUCAUUGAGAAGUUCUACAAGGUUCCAUGGCUAAAAAUUGAAUUUGUGUUCUGUGCUGUGUGGACUUUCUUUUACUUAAUUGCUGCUUCUCUGGCUGCUGACUAUGGGAGGCAUGAUGAAGCAUAUGGUGCAGCUGCAUUUUUUGGGUUUGCUGCGAUGGUUGCAUAUGGAGUUGAUGCAUAUCUGAAGUUUGUGGCAGUACGAUCUGGUAGCAUAGCUCAAGGUCAACGAACUGUUCAGAAGACCACAAGCACAGUAACGUCCCCUGCAUAUUAAAAUUACUGAAAGUUUAAAAGACUUUACAACCUCUGUAUGAAGUGUACUGUUAUAUCAAAUGCCUUAUUUAACCAGUUUCUAUUAAUGUUUAACGCAUUUCACUCAUGUGUUUUGUACUGAAUUAUACAUAUAAUUGUUGCAAUGUAUUUAGAUACCAGAUUUUUUGUGUACCUGGUGUCAUAGUGAUUGCUAAGAUAGUACUGGUUACACUAGAAUAAUUGUAUAUUUUUGUAUGCUAGUUCAGCUGUUGUAUUUGUUGGAUAUAAUGUGACUAAUUGUUGAACUUUGUAAACUGAUAUUUUAUUGCUAGUUGUUUCUGGACCAAUCAGCCCACCAAAAAUGUUCAUAAAGUUUUCUCUGGCAACUUUUUGAAGAUUAUCCAUGUUAGUAGACAAGCAAUGAUAAAAACUGUAGCAGUAGGCUUGAUACAUUGUUUGCUGACUGCCCUUAACAUCAAAAAUGGUUUUAAACAACACGUCCACUAGUCAGUGUAAAGAUAAUAUUCACAAGCCUUUUUGUUAUCACAAGCGUUUUAUACUUAACUGGAAAAUACCAUGUCUUAUUAGAACUGAACUUCUUGAAAAUAUUUCCACGUAACUGUAAAAUAUUCAGUAAUACUUUGCUAGUGUUCGGCAUAAAUUGAAUGUUUAUUAGCAGUAGUUGUUGUGGGAAACUGUUGUAGUGAAUGCUGGACAUUCCACACAAAAAGGAACAAAUACUUUACAUUAAUGGUAAAACCUUGUUUAAUUUAAAUAUUCAUAAACUAAUCAGGUUUUAUAGCCUAUUUUAGAAAUAUUUGUGUACUAUUCAGGAGCAGUUUUUGCUCCUUCAGAUAUUUGUAACAUGUAACAUUUGUUGUUCUAUUCUCCUAAUGAGAACUUUUACCUUUUUUCUGUUAAUAAUUGCUCAUGCAGAAGUUCAUAUGUCAUUUAAUAAUUGAAUCUCAAAUCACUUCUUUAAUCACUGUAUUGUGUAAAAGUGUACAGUUGUCAGAAAUAUAUUUUCAGUUAACAUUUUCGGCAGGCAGAUAAAUUUGAUUAUGCUGUCCUUGAAUGGCACUUGUAGUUACUCAUUCAUUGUAAAAAAUAAUGGAAAUUUCCUAUAGUGUAUUGAUUCAUGGAGCACAGUAACACACAAUGGAAAAUGUCAUUUACACUAGCUUUCAAGUACUAGCUCUUUUUGCAGCAAUACUGCACACACACACAUACACAACAAAAUCCACACAAACCCAAAUGCACACUUUCAUGGCUGAGCCUUGCUGUGGCCAUAAGAGUGCAUUUUGGGUGCCUGUGUGUUUGUGUUUGGGAAUGUGUAUACUAUAGCUGGAAAAAGAGCUAGUGCCUGAAAGCUAGUGUGAAUGUUGUUUUGUGUUACUGUGCUUCAUGCAUCUAUCCACUAUAGGUGAGUGGUUGCCUUACACUUAUUUUAUGUAUUCUUCAGUGUUCUAGUUUUUUUAUGAAAUUUUGCUGGUUUUAGAUGAAAGUUGACUACGCAAGUAAUAUUAGUCAGAAGAGUAGGUAUCAAUAGUUGGCAAUUUAUGUACUCCUUAUUUUCUUGUGUAUGUGUUCGUAUUGUACCAUAAUAUACCCUUUAUCAGCU